CCUCACUGCAAAUACGGUAUUCGUCCAACAUAGCAUCACACCCGUCACCGAAAUAUUUACAUUUUUCUUAUACCCCAAUCUCGGUAACAACCAAGAAACUGUCAGCAGAAAGACCUAUCUCUCAACAUCUUAUCGAAUCUACUAAUAGACACUCGAAAAUGCAAAUAUUCAUAAACUGAUUGGUAUUAUCUUGAGAUUAAGAUUCAGGUAUGUACAGCACUGGAGUGUACCAAAUCUAGAACAAUAACAAGCAGUGGCAAAGUCACUCAAUCAAUCACUUCAUAGUCUCAUAAGCACGGUAUUUACUCAGAGUUGCUGAACGUUUAAAUACAUCGAAAUGAAUAAGAAGAACGUUGGGUUUUUCUUUUUGGCUAGUUUGUUAACUAUUAUUCCCAAUUUUGCCUGUGGAGAGGAGCUCAGUGAUGCAAAUUUUACACCUGUGGUGUUGUGGCAUGGAAUGGGUGAUAGCUGCUGUUUUCCUUUUAGUAUAGGAGGAAUAAAAAAACAAAUCGAAAAAACUUUAACUGGUGUACAUGUUAUCUCUCUGAAAAUAGGCAAGAAUAUUAUGGAUGAUAUGGAAAAUGGAUAUUUUAUGCACCCUGAUAAGCAAAUCCAAUACGCUUGUGAUACAAUCAAAGCAGAUCCCAAGAUGUCCCAAGGUUUCAAUGCCAUAGGUUUCUCACAAGGAUCUCAAUUCUUGAGAGGCUUGGUACAAAGAUGUCCAGAAGCCAAAAUGAAGAAUCUUAUUACUCUUGGUGGUCAACACCAAGGUGUUUAUGGUUUACCCAACUGUGGAAGUUUGUCAUCAAAAACUUGCGACUACGUGAGGAGACUGUUAAAUCAUGCUGCUUACUAUGGGUGGGUUCAAGAGAAAUUAGCUCAAGCAACAUAUUGGCAUGAUCCCCUGAACGAAGAUAUGUACAAAAAAUACAGUACCUUUCUCUCAGAUAUCAAUAACGAGCUCACUGUGAAUCAGACCUAUAAAGAUAACCUACUCAAAUUGCAAAAUUUCGUGAUGGUAAAAUUCCUCAACGAUUCAAUCGUUCAACCUGUAGAUACUGAAUGGUUUGGAUUCUAUAAACCUGGACAAGCAAUAGAAGUUUUAGACCUGAAGUCAUCUGAUAUCUACAAAGAAGACCGACUUGGACUAAAACAACUGGAUGACCAAGGAAAACUAGCCUUCCUCAGUAUAGAGGGAAACCAUUUGGAAUUCAAUUGGAAAUGGUUCAACCAAACUAUUGUAGAUAAAUAUUUGAGGAAUUAGUAUUUCCUUUAUUUUUGUGUGUGUAUAUAUAUCGUUAUUUUUCAUUUAAUGGUGAUAAUAUUAUUGUGAAAACGUAGAAUUACCUCUGACUCAGUGUAUUUCAGAAACAGUUUUCAAUGAAAAUGUAAUAAGAUACAGGAGUGGAAUUAACAUUUUCAUCAUAUGGAAAUAAUUCCACAGAACAAUGUCAUUCAUUAAUAAAUAGAUGUAGCUCA